GCUGAUAAUAUAAUGCUGAUAUAUUGUAUAAGAAUAUUAUAUUUUAAAAAAUAUUAUACUUAAAUUACAGGUAAAAUAUUUGCAAUGUUAGGUCCAAACGGAACCGGAAAGACCACAUUAAUGCGUGUAAUAUUAGGACAAUUAAGAUUAACAUCAGGCACAAUUGAGGUGUUUGGCAAAAUGGCCGGAUCUGCAGGUUUGGGUAUUCCCGGACCGGGUGUCGGGUAUAUGCCUCAGGAGUUGGCGUUAUUUGAUUACUUCACAAUCGGAGAAAUACUUGAUUAUUACGGAAUGAUAUAUCAUAUGAAACGCGAGGAAAUUGAUGAAAGCGUUGAUAAUUUGCGAGAAUUAUUGCAUUUACCGGAAAAUUCCCGACUAAUUAGUCAAUUAAGUGGUGGACAACAGCGCCGGGUGUCGAUCGCCAUAACAAUGUUACACAAACCCAGACUCGUUAUAUUGGAUGAGCCCACUGUUGGUGUGGACUCUCUGCUCAGGCAUAGGAUAUGGCAAUACUUGGAGGAUAUAUGCGAUAAAUACGGCCAAACAGUGAUAAUAACGACCCAUUAUAUAGAGGAGGCCCGGAGUGCGCAUAACGUGGCGUUCAUGAGAUCCGGCGCUGUAUUGAGACAAUCAAAUCCCAAACAAUUGAUGGAUGAAUACCAGUGCCCGACACUGGAGGACGUGUUCCUACACGCCGUUCAGUCGGUAACAAUUGGUGACAAUUAUUUGGCGCUUGAAUUUCGGGACAACUUUACCGACAGUUUUGAGACACGAGUGACCGAUAUGUUUGACGCCAGCGAUGAUGUCGUUAAGCAAAGCCUUAUACAUCUAUAUGUAGACCUUUCAAACCCACAAAUGUACGCUACCAUGAUGAACGCGAUUAGGGUUAGCGAAGUAUUUAACGGCGAUUUAAGCAAAACUCUGACCACAUUUAUGUUUGUCGGACCGCAACUCAUGGUAUAUGCAGAGUUUAGUUUGUGCUUGAUUCUAUCGACAUUUAUCAUGAUAAAUGACAAGUCGUCCAACAUAAUGAACCGGAUGUUUGCCGCCGGUGUCACUCAGUACGAGUAUAUGGGCGCCCAUAUAAUCAUCAAUAUUAUCAUUAAUUUAGUUCAGAUCAUAAGUGCGAUGAGUGUUGUGUUUGUCGUAUUUUCCGUUCAGCAAUCGGGAAGUUAUUGGGAAAUAUUCCUGUUUCUAUUCGUGGAAAUGAUGGCGGGCACUUUCAUCGGUUUAUUACUCGCUGUCAUUUUGAGCGAUCCCUUUUCAGUUAUAGUAUCUUUUGGCCACUUGAGGCCAUUCCCCAUAUGUAUCAGUUUAUAA